AUGUUGUCAAGAUUGGUUCUACUUUCCGCUCUACUCGUCUUCCGUGUAGGACAAACAAAAGAUAUACAGGAAUGUGAGCAGAUAUCACAUCAAAACUAUGAGUGCCGCGAUAUUGAAAACUUUGAGCAACUAAGCCAGUAUAUACAAGAAGAUUGGCAAAGUGUAAAUGUUGUUAACGAGCACACUGGAAUUGAAAAUGACGAUAAGCUACUCCCCAAGCUGUCGAAACUGCUUCAAUUGGACCUGUCACAGUCUGGAGGAUUGACGCUGGGCAGGUAUGGGUUCAGAAAUUUCGCAUCGCUGCAGCGACUCAACCUAACCCACUGUCAACUGGAAGAGCUGCGGUCAAAGCACUUUGCUGACAAUGCAAGCUUGGUCAAUUUGGAUGUCAGCUACAAUGACUUGCUGCUCAUUGAACGUGCUCUAAUGAGACAGUUGCCAAAUCUUGUCUAUGCCAACUUCUCGAACAACUUGAUAGCCAACGUAGAGUUCGAUGCCUUCAAGGGCCUUAAGUACUUGGAGUCUCUGGACCUCAACACCAACGAGCAGGAGAACAUCACCCUAGGCUCCAAUGCCAAUCUGCGUUAUUUGUCCAUUAGCAACAACAAUGUGAGAGAUUUUCAUUGGUGCCGUCUGCGCGGGCUACCUCAGUUGCAGGAGUUGCAUUUGCACAGUAAUUGGCUGGAGGUCCUGGAUAUGGGCAUAUUUUAUGCGCUGUCUCAGCUGCGCGUGCUCAACGUGUCCAAUAACAAUAUCUAUGAAAUUCAGCGAAACUUAUUCGUGGGUCCGGCUCCUGAUGUUGAUCCAUUGCUUCGUGUGCUCGACUACAGCUCCAACAAUGUAAAGGCUCUGGAGGAUUAUGUGUUCAGCAGGCUGCAUCAUCUGGAAACACUCAACCUCUGGUUCAAUCAGAUCAGCAAGGUCUCUCCAACUGCCUUUCGGGGCUUGACUGAGUUACAAUCCCUGCAGCUGCAGGGCAACAAAAUCGUCCAGUUACCCGAUAAAGUCUUUGCCAAUUUGACGGCCUUGCAGGUGCUGGACUUGAGGAAGAAUAACAUUAGGCAACUGGGUGCCAAUGUUUUUGUCGGCUUUGUCCUAAGAAAUCUAAGCUUUCUCGAUCUGAGCAACAAUAACAUUGACCAACUGCAUCCGUUAGCCUUCUCCUCACUGCCCUUCCUGCAGGAGCUGCGACUGCGGCGCAACAAGUUGACUUCUCUGGACAUUCGCAUGUUUGCGCCACUGCGUCGGCUGCGGGUGUUGACUCUGAGUGAGAACAGGCUAAUGGAAAUCGAGGCUGAUUUGCUAAGUACCUUUGACAAGUUGACUGAGCUGCAAAUCAAUAACAAUCAGCUGACAUAUCUGCCUGUGCUGGAGGAACAGCUUCUGUCGCAGUUGCGCCACAUCAGCAUCGAGGGUAAUCCCUGGCAGUGCCUGUGCCUGGACGAGCUUACCAACUGGCUGCACGCACGCCUAGUUAGCUAUGCGACGAUUGCCAGCGCCUAUUACAAGGGCCGGAAACCGCUCUGUAUAGUCACGCCCAAGGAACAAUGCGUGAGGGACUUGGAGGCGGUGUGCGAGCUCGGAAUUGUCGAGAGCUUCGAGCAGAUUGGAGGCGGCAAAGGAGCAAUAAAUCAAUAGCACUAAAUGCUAGUGAAAUCGCUAAAUGGGGGUGGGCUAGCUGAGCUGGCUAGUGGGUGGCCUGGCUGAGCGGC